GAGGCUGCACAUGUAACACUGACUCACAAUGAGCCGCUAUUGAGCUGCUGGAGUCUGCACUGCACCUCUACCCCACAGGAGUACACACCAUGCUCACACAGCAAGUGGAACAGCCAGAGCCCUAGGGUGUGUGAGGAGUCAGGGUGGGAGGGUAAAACUGCUAAUCUCUUUCUCCCUGCUCUCAGCCUGACUCCUGCAUUGCCAAAUCCCCCAGUUCUCUUGGAACAGAAACACAAAGCAGCUUCACCUGGGACACAAAGUUGCACGGAGAUUAGCAGGAGCUGCCAGAGCAUGGGCUAGGGGCACAACUCCCACUCACCCUACCCUUACUGGUAUUUAGCAACCAUGGCUAACCCUGCAGUAAGCACUGAAACAGAACAAGGACCCACUGGGCAUGAUACCUGUGGCUUAAUUCCUGUUGGAUCCUAGACUUUGUUUGCUUUAACUGGACUCUUUUCCCCCUGCUUUGUUCCUUGGUUUAUGUGAUUAACCUUUGCACCACUGACAGAGAAGGAUGCUUCGGAGUUGCAGGAUAAUAUGUCCCUGUUUGGCUACUGCAUGUGUUCUUUGGAUCCUCAAGAUCGUUCCAGCUUCCAGCCAGGUUCAGAGGAGCCCUUUUCAGUGGGGAUAUGUCAACAGGUUUGGCCCUGAUCAGAGUCCACCCCUGAGCUCCAGAAAUGAGUGGAGCGUGUGGCACAGCUGGUCCCCAUGUUCUCGAACUUGUGGUGGGGGUGCUGCUGUACGCCUCAGGACAUGCCUAAUCAGGGAUCAAGCAAGCCCAAUGUGCCAAGGUGAAAUGAGACAGUAUCAAGCAUGUAACACACAAGACUGCCCAUCGGGAGUUGCAGAUUUCAGGCACUUCCAGUGUUCUGCAUACAACAACAAACCUUUGAUGGGAAAUUACUUCAGAUGGGUUCCUUUCAACUCUGGUCAAAGUGAUUGUGAGCUGAGCUGUUUGGCAGAAGGACAGAAUUUUUAUUAUAACUUUGGCCGAGUUUUAGAUGGAACAUCGUGCCGUUCAGAAUAUGAUGGCUUAUGCAUUAAUGGGCAGUGCCUGAAAAUUGGCUGUGAUCUUAUCUUGGGGUCCGAGGAGAAGACAGACGUUUGUGGAGUUUGUGGUGGGAAGAACAUCUCAUGCAGACAUCACCAUAAUAUAUAUACUACCAAAUACCCACCUUCUGGACUCUUUGGAUACAAUGAAGUGACACUGAUUCCUGCAGGAGCCACCAACAUCAAGGUGACUGACAGGAGUAACAAUUAUUUGGCCCUGAGAAACAGGAAUUACCAUUAUGUCAUCAAUGGCAACUGGGCCAUUAGCUAUCCUGGUGUCUACAAUGUGGCAGGGACCAAAGUCCAGUAUAAACGUGCUGCUGACAAUCAAGAGAGUUUUGAGGCACAAGGACCCACCACUGAGGAUUUACACAUCAUGGUACUCUUUACAGAGCUGAAUUUGGGAAUUGAGUAUGAAUACUGGCUUACCAAGGAUUAUUAUAUACAGCACCAAAGAGACCGCAGUUCUUUGCAAGAGUAUGGAGAGGUGUCUCCUAUCCAUCCUACCCAUCCUUCUACAACUACACAGCCAACACCAACGACCACUGCACAAAGAAUAAGACAUCCCAUCAAGCAGCAGCCCCAGGCACGUCUCCAAAGGGAGAACACUGAGUGGAACCAAGUUAAGGAAUCUAAAGAGAAUAAUAAAUGUGGAAAGUGCAAGAAAGUGAAAGGACGGCAAAAUAGAGUGAAGCAAUAUUGUCAAAAGGACUUUGUUUUCAGAGGAAGAGUUAUAAGCAAAAAGGCAGUUGGGAAGGAAACAUGUUACGACAUGCUCGUGGUGAUGACCUACAAAAACAACUUUCCCAUUUUGAGACGGGAAUACAUUUGGGUUCCGAACACUUGUGACUGCCCUAACAUGUUGGAGAAAAGGGAAUAUAUUAUAAUGGCACGGAGACAUGUCAACUAUGAGCACACAUUAAACAGGAUUUUGCUGGAGACCCACAGUUUUGUACGUUCCUACAGUCCGAAGGAGGACAAGAUGCUUAGAGACCUUGACAAAGAAUGUGCCAAAUAUGGACUCCAAAUAAGGACAAAACAGAAUCAUUAACUGUUUAGCACCAAGGAAAAAUUUGUAUUUACUGUAAUUCAGUAUUUACAGAUGACUUUGUACAGUGUAUUUAAUGUAGUAUUGCACAGUGUAUAAACAUUUAUAAAUCGUGUAGCUGGAAAACUGUACACUUAUGAAGGGGUGCAGAGGUCUGAAGCUAAAGAUGUGGAGGCAAGAGCUGCUCGACUGCUGCUCUAUGUGGGAAGACCUGCACAAUUCAUUACACCUUCUUGCAAUUCUAUUAUAUUGUAAUUUUCUGAUGCCUCCCAUUAAUUAAUGUGGGAGAAUUGGUCAACAUAGAAGGGACAUUGGCUGUACCAGCCUUUACAUUCUUAUGACUUUAUUAGAUCCUGAACCACAUGAGUGGAUCAGUUAAGCUUGGCCACUCAUAUUGAAUAUGAUCCAUUCAUAUUGCAACAGCUCAGAUGUGUGGAUCACUAGGGAAUGUGACUCAUUUGGUUAUUUUAAAUUACAGGGACCCUCUUAACCUGUAACUGAAUCUUUUCUUUGGCCAAUCUUCUUCAGUUACUUUCGUGCAGUCAGUAUAUGUUCAUUUUACUGUCCACAUUUGUAGCCAGCUGCUCUCUUUUAGUUGAAAUCAGUUUUCACUCAAAUUUUCACUAUUUCAGCAUACAGCAUGUCAAUGUUAGGACACACACACAUAGCAUGUACAUACAGUUGUAACUUCAAAUGAUUCAACCCCUUACGAUCCACUUACAAUGCAUAUGCCAAUAAAAAAUUAUACAUUUCAUGUCUUUUCCACUCUAUUGCAUUCUAUGUAUGUCCUGCAUGAGUCAAAGCCAUAUAAAAUGUUGUACUUGCAGUUGUAAUGGUCUCCCAUAGACCCUGACAGUAAUAUGAAGGUGUGUAAAAUAAGUUUAAUUUUGUCUUUUUCACCAGUAUGUGUAUGAUAAGAACACUUUUCUAUUUUUAUAACCAUGCAUCUUUAUGAAUCUUUAUGUAAAUAUUAAAGCACAGAGUUUCAUACGUAAUUUAUUUUAACCUCUUUGAAAACUGAAUGCUCACUUAUCAAUACUGCAAAACAAACGCAAGUCCAUAUAUUACGGAUGAGGAGUCGGCAAAUGAAUAAACAUAAUUAUGGUCCUUCACCCUGCAUUCUCGGAACAAUAACAAGAAGAAAAGAUAUUAGUUGCCGCUGCAGCUUUUAUGCUUUGCAAAUGUUUGGUUUUCUAGUUGACUAAUGGCAAUUAUCUCAUAAGCUUAGUGCGCUAAAAGAGAAACCACCCUAUUUUAUUCGUUUUUAUGUCCCUUUGUUUAAGACUGAUCCUCCACCCCUGUACUACUCCUAUAUAACUACCAUCGACAGAGGUGAGCUUGUAAAUUUUGUAUUGAAAUGUUGUGAGAAUGUUGUUUCAUUACACCUCUAAUAAAUUCAGAGGACGUGUAAACUCAGAAGCAAAGUGCAUAGAUUGUGUUACUAUAAAGCAUAAUAAACCACUUUCAUUGUUUUUUUUCUGUAGUGGUUUUAAUAUAAAAAUAAAAGCACUUGAUUAUUGUC